GGGUGGGAAAUUGGCAAUAAAAGACUAAAGUAUGAACAUAACGGAAGAAGUAAUAUUUUGAAAGAAAAAGGGCGCGAAAAGAAGAAGCGUGAUCUUGAAAAUGUGGAGGAGAUUGGGUGGAGUGUGGGUGAGGUGCAUCGUAGUAGCGAUAUUGCUGAAGGCCGUUAGCGUGAGGUGCAAGCCCACAAGAGAGUUUGAUUCCAUGCUGAGCACCGUAAGGGCCAGAGGCUACGACCUCUUCUGCAACGCAAUCGUCACCUCUGAUCUUCAAAUGGACAUUCUCUCUCACCAGAACGACAACAACGCCACCUCACGCGCCUUCACCUUCUUCGCUCCCACAGACGCAUCUCUCUUCGCCCUCGACAUGACUCAGACCGCCUCCACUUACACCGACACGCUCCGUUUCCACGUCGUCCCUCGCCGCCUCUCUCUCGCCCACCUCCGCCUCCUCCCCGACGGUUACACGCUUCCCACGCUCCUCCCUCAGCGCCUUCUCCAACUUACGCGCCGCAAUACCUCUGCCAUCGCCGUCGGCGGCGUCGACGUUGCUUUCCCCGGCCUCUAUUACGGCCACUACUUCGCCGUUCACGGCCUCGCCGGAAUUCUCAGUCCCCGAUCCAACGUUUAUCCUUCUCCUUCUCCUUCGCCUUCGCCGUCGCAGUUUGCUCCUCCGGUUCGUUCAAGAAGCAGUCCUAACUCGCCGGCGAACCAACCGGUUCUUGCUCCAGUUCCGAAUUUCGCUUCGUUGCGCGUUCCCCCGGUUGAGGCUCCGGCAUCGGCGACUUCGCCGGUUGGUUCUUCAGAAGAGGAGUCUGAGUGGAAAGGUUAUACUCCAGCAGGUUUGCCUCCGAGAUAUCCUGGUUCAGCAAUAUCACAGCCACCGGAGGGAUAUUCCGACGCUUUGGCUUCAGCUCCGGCGCCCGAAGCAUUAGAAGGAAUGAGAAGGUGUCUGAAUCCCGUUGUGGGGUUGGAAGAAUCUGACAUGCAAUGCCAUUCAGCAUGAAUCGUACAUUUCAAUUUGAGUGACACUCACACUGCCACUGAAUGCAAAUGAAGUUUCUUUUUUGUUUCUUUGGCUUUUUGGAGUUUUAGAAAUUUCCGUGUAUAUCUCUACAGCCAAACAAAAAAUUGAUUUGUUGCUGUUGCUUACACGUGCUUGGGUUAAUGAACAAAAAUCUUAC